CCGAAAAUCUGAUCUUAAACGAAAACAUAUGUUGUCUGUCUGUUAGUUGUGUAAUUCGUAUGCAAGACUUUUUGAAUUUUUGAGAUAUCAGAUUGCAUUUUCCCCCCUCUAAUUCCCAAAUCUCAAAGCCCUAACCCUAAAACUCUCUCUCCUCACCUUUUUAAGGCCAAUCCCCCGCCGUCGGCCGUCCACCGUCCGACGUUACUUGCUGCCGCACCGGAAGCCAGAAUCUAUUAGCCUGGGAUUUGGUUUUCGUGUGCUCUUUUUGUGAUUUCGCAUCCAUCGGUGGUGGUCCUGGUGGAUUCUCGGAGAUCGGAUAAUUUGGUUUUUGAGGAAAUUUGAUUGACAGCAAUGAACUGGGUUCAACAGAAAAUCUACCUUUACAAUGUCACUUUUGGGCUCUAUAUGUUAGAUUGGUGGGAGCGUUGCCUGUUUAAUACUUUGGUGGUGGUCUUGAUGUGGUUCAUUUUUUAUAAUGGAUCGCGAUAUGCAGUUGAGUUCUCCAAGAGGCAUCUGUGGUAAAAUUCAGCAAGCUUAGCUUGAACCAGAAAAGGACGGAUGGAUUAGUGGCACCGAUAGCUCGAGUUAUGGUGCAACAUGUUACUUUCUAAUUUUCAUAACUUAUGAAAAAAGAAAUUACAUGUUUAACUAAUAAAUGUUGAUGAGUUUUACUUCUUUUAUCAAUUAAUUAUUCUUCUUGAGGAUUUUGGCAGCAACCC